CGUGGAAGCGCUGAAGCAGCUGGGUUGGGUAGCGGAGCUUGCUGGAGCAGCUCCAGCGCUCAUAAUAAUCCUCUUUUUUACAUACAUCCACCUAGUUAGCUAUCUGUCGGAUGCCGGGAAUCCAUCAGGCAGCUGCACGGUGAGAGACAUUUAUCUUCCGCAGAUUGUCGUCGCUGCUCUGAGUCAUUCUGCUGCCUCCUCGGCUGUGAGGAUAUAGGCGGUGACAUGAGCAUCGCUGCUGGUGAGACAUACAGGCUUUGCCGUUUAUAGCGCUGGAGAUCCGUGAGAGCGCACCGGGAGGAAAGCUUUUGGAAAUAAAAACGUGAGACUCGUCAUUGUUAACCCGCUUGUGUGCUGGGAUUUAAAGGGAGGAGGAACAUCAAGGAUGAGCGCGGACGCCCCAGAUGAUCAUGUCGGUAAUUAGACUCACAGCUCCGUGUUUAUUCCUGCAUCUUUCUCAUUUUUCUACAGCGUAGAUUGUUGGAAAUGGAUAUUCUUGUGUCUAUGUUGAACGGCUCUCAUUAUAAGCGCGGCAUCGAAUCAUGGCCUAACUGGGGUAAUUUACAGGCUCCGGCAUUGGCCUAUUCAACCCCAUCAUCUGUGUCCGCCUGUUUGCGCGGCAGAGGGGCUGUCAUUUACUGUACUGGGUGAAACCAUGCGUAGUCUUAUGAGGAAAUCUGGGACAUUACUAUGGGCACUGCCGCUGAAAGCCCUCCACAUGGAGUAGUGUCCCAACGGGGGAAUGUCUUAGUUAUUGGACAUAACAAAGUGUGCGUAAUUAUAUCUUUAGAUUGUACAUAUUGUUAAUCCAGAGCGUGAGUCAGCAUUCUCCAUGGAUUGAUGGUGCUGCAGACCUCUAAAAUCUGCUGGGGGAACAUCAACCUAAUUGGUGUGACUUCUGGAUUUGCUAUGAGGGCAGCUCCUAGGAGAACUUCACUGGGAAAGUUUUGAAGGGUGCUGGAAAUUCUCAUGAUGCACUAGCGGUCAAAGGUGAUCUUCUGAGGCAGAGAUGAGUCUGACGUCCUGGUUCUUGGUAAGCAGCGGGGGGACGCGCCAUCGUCUUCCCCGGGAGAUGAUCUUCGUGGGGAGGGAUGAUUGUGAGCUCAUGCUGCAGUCUCGCAGCGUGGACAAACAGCACGCUGUCAUCAACUACGAACCAAACACAGAUGAACAUAAAGUGAAGGACUUGGGCAGCUUAAAUGGGACUUUUGUCAAUGACGUCAGAAUACAGGAGCAAGACUACGUCACGCUGAAGACCGAUGACAAACUAAGGUUUGGAUAUGAUACCAACCUGUUCACCGUGGUUCAAGGAGAGCUGCACAUUCCCGAGGAGGCCCUUAAGCAUGAGAAACUGAGCAGCCAGCUUCAGAUGAUCCAAAAGAAACCUGCAGAGAAAUGUGAGGUGAAGCCUUCAGAGGCAGCAGCGGCAUCAGGUUCAGAAGGAGCCGCGUCAAAACUUCCAGAGUCCGGCAAACCCGAGGAUAAGACAGUAGGAGACAUAGCAGUUUUACACAGGGGCACGCCCCUUUAUGGGCAGCCUGCUUGGUGGGGAGAUGGAGACACUGAUGAUCAGCACCCUGGAAAACUUGAGGAAAAAACCGCUGAUAGGAAGAAGGAAAAGGCAGAAACGGACACCAAGAGAAGUCCAGAGAUCCCAAAGUCUUUGCCUCAAACAGUCUCAAAUCAAGAACCUAGCUACUUUGAAAUUCCAACAAAGGAUGCUCCCAUCGCAGCUAAAAUCAGUGAACUUCCUCCACAAGAUCAAGAGACCAAUGCUUCCGCUGCUGCUGUGGAGCCCAUCCAUGGCCAUGCCUCAUUCACCAUCGAGUUCGACCCCGGGGCGUCAGGCAAAGUGUUGGUGAAGGAUCGGGUGGCAAAAGUAGGACCAGAGACCCGCCCCCGCCCAAAGAGGGCUGUUGGAGAAGACCUGAGUCCGCUUCAGACAGCCAUGGUGGCAGCAGAGGUUAAAGUUGCUGACUGGCUGGCUCAGAAUGAGCUGCCAUUGGCUCUGAAAGAGACGGUGGCAGAGGAUGAUGGAGAGAGUGCAAAAAGCGAUGUUCCUGUGCAUCUCAGGAGUCUCAAAGGCAGUAAACACGAGGAUGGCACUCAGAGCGAUUCAGAGAAUGCUCUUGGGGAGCAGCGCAGGGCUGCAGCGAUGGAGGAGCGCUCAUGGGGGCUUUGGGGCAGCACUGGCAUAAAAGAAAGCCGUGCAAAUGUACCAGAAGGCCUGUUUGCAGAAGAGGACAGUCCUGCAAGGCGUUGCAAGUCUUCAGCAUCGAAAAGGCAGAGCGGGUUGGUGGAAAGGCGGCGUGGCUCGGCACCACAUCAGCAUGGUGGUCGUGAAGAGUGCUACGGACACAGAGAUGAAUAUAGCGACAGAGGGACUUACACCAUUGAGCUGGAGAACGGGGCCAAUGAAGAGGAAGAGGCUAGGAAACUGAUUGACAAGGUAAAGGUAUUUGGUGUGGAUGAGCAACGUGUUUCCAGGAAGGGGGGAAUUGAUCAAAGAGAGAGGUUGUCUUCACAGAGGUCUGGAUCGAGAGACAGAGGAAAGCCUGGACGUCUGGAGACAGAGUUCUUGUCUGAAGAGUUGAUGGUUGGUGGUCCUCGUUGGGUGUCACAGUGGGCUACUCUAGCUGCCAGCCACAUUCGGACAGAUCCUGAGGGAUCCGGAGGGGACAGUCACACCAUGGUCACAGAGGACAGAGCAGAAAUAAGUGGAUCCAGCCACAUGGCCUCUGUGCACACCGAACGUAAGAGGAGAACCCUACCACAGCUACCUGGUGAAGAACUUAAUCUGGGAAGAAAGACCCAGGGUGGAUGUCUGACCACAGAUAUGGGUGAAAAGCAGGAUACAGAGAUUCAGGAGAAAGAGAAUCAAGAUGAAAAGCUAUCCAGAGGAAAGAAACAAAGUGUUCAAGGCACUAGAGGUGUGGGCAGUCAGAGUGGUAGCCCAAGUCGAUCUUCUCCGGCCAAAUCACAGGAUAGUGGUGGUGGUAAAUCAAGUCAGUCGGGUGUCCUGAGCAAAGUCCCUCCACGUCCACUGACCAGUGGACAGAAGAGAAUGGAGGAGGCAAAGAGGAGAAAGAAGGAUGAGGAGAAGGCUAGAGAGAGUACCGGGAAACCAUUACUGAGGCAGGAGAGUUUCACUGUGGAGAAACCGAGCUCCAGUGUACCCAUAGAACUUAUUCCACGUAUUGAUGCUUACACAGGAACCAAAACUCAGAGUAGGGACGGGGGCAUAGACAGUGUCUCAAUACAGAAAGACUCAGAAGCUGUGGCAGCUUUUCUAGAGAGCACUGUGUCAGACCAAGGUGAUCCCCCAAGUCAGUCUAUUGAAGGUUCCAUGUCUCCAGAGUCAGACGUAGACACAACAAGCACAGUUAGCCAAGCUGAUGGCGUUAGAAAAGUAGUUCAGAAACGCAGGAUACUAGCUGGGCAGCAAAAAGAGAGAACAGUGGUCUGCACCUCUAACAAGGGCCCUACUGGGAGCAGAGAGCCUCUGGACAGGAGGGGGAAGAACAGAACCUCUGGCCCUCAACAACCAAGUCACCCCUCAACAUCCCUGGACCUUACUGAUGAUGACAUCAACUCCAACUCCCUGCUUUCUGACUCACUGCCUGUCUCCACACAAGACUCAAGGAGUUCAAACCUUAGAGGCCAAACAGUUGGGGCCAGCACCAAGUCUAGUCGGGCCAAGAUGACACAGCCGUCGCCUUCUUCUGCCCCAAACAAAGCCAGUACUGUUCCCAAGCCAAGACCUACUCGGACAUCCCUGUUGAGGCGAGCCCGGCUGGGGGAGUCAUCAGAUACCGAACCUGCUGAUAUGGACCGGAUGUCAGUGGCUUCUGAGGCAUCAACUGCUAGUUCCACAUCUAGGACAGGGAUAGCAAGAAGGGGAAUGUCUAGAAUUGAGGCUCUAGCACAACCAAGGAGACCAAGGGUUGGGUCUCCAUCUGCUCAGAGCGACUCAGAGGCCACUGUGGCUAAAAGCAGAGGGCUGGGUGGCCGAAGUGCAGCAGGAGAUUAUGCUCUCAGACAGGGAUUGAGAGGUUCAAAUGUUACUUCACUAUCCGGACCCAGAGCCAGAGCUAACAGUGCCUCCAAGCUGCCUGACAAAACUAAAGGAACAUCAUCGUAUGGGCAUAUUACACCUGCAUCUGGGACUCGGUGGCGCCGUGUUCCUGUGGAGUAUGCAUCCACUUCUGAGGAUGAGUAUGGCUCAAAUCGCCACAUAUCCAAGCAGGGGCCUACGAGGCCAUUCCCUUCGACCCGAGUUGCCCAGUUAGGAGGUUCAGCUCCAGCAACACCCAACCCCGCAGGGCUGACCAGCUUGAAGCAGAAUUCCAGGGACCAGGAUGAGUACAUGAGAGACUGGACAGCCCACAGUGAAGAAAUAGCCAGGAUCAGCCAGGAUUUAGCCAAAGAUUUAGCAAUGCUGGCACGAGAGAUUCAUGAUGUGGCUGGAGAGAUCGACUCAGUCAGUCCUGCAGCAACUGACCCAGGAGCUCUGUUGGAGGAGUCAGUAUUUGAUGAUGGUAUGGAUCUGGGUGGUUCCACCGCAGAGCAGAGCAGGAUUGUGGCAGGCGAGGGGCAAACCGUGGAGCUACGACAACGAAGCUCAAACGAUCAGAGCUCUCGCUCAAUCCGUCGACAGACAUGGAAUAGAGACGAUCUGUACCUUGACAAUGUGCUGCUUGCUUCUGUGACUCAACUUUCGACCAGAAUACGACAGUCUGUGGACAAAACUACCUACAAAGUCAGGAUUCUUUUCAAGGAUAAGGAAAGAAAAUGGGAUGAGAUUGAGACCAAACUGCAAGCAGAGCAUGACUCCUUAGUUCUCAAGAGCUCCAACAAGGAGAUUUCAACAAUUAUUCAAGACCUGAAGAGUGUGGAGAAGCAACUUUCAGUUAUCGAUAUGAUGGUGGACCCAGACGGCACUCUGGAUGCCCUGUCCAGCAUGGGUCUGACAAGUCCUCUAAGUGACCAGAGGAUGAGUCCUGGGAGUCAGCAGGGGGCACCGGCGUUGCAUUCCAGAACAGAGACAAAGACAUCCAGCGCACUGUCAACACCCAGGUGUGAAGAAUUUUCUGGCGAGCUCUGUGGAUCCUCAGAGCGUACAGAAGAGACGAAGCAAGACAAGAAUGUUGCAUCUAAAACUGACAAAGAAAAUUACAUCCAAUGAUUUUUUUAUAUAAAAACUGACAGGACAUCCUUGGAAAAGACAUUGGUGUGGGGUUUAGUUAUUUUGAUGGCUUUUUUUCUCGCUGAAGAUAUAAGAAGGUGAGUGAAGCUUUUAUCAAGGUAAAGUUUGUUGACUGUGUUGUCAAAUGUAUCAUUUUGGAUCUUCAGCGUGUCACAGGAAAUGCAGUUAAGAAAAGACUGAAGUAUUUACAAUGAGCCAUGUGUCUUUGUGUUGCAGGUUAUUUUUGUCCAAUAUACUUAACAAAAAUAUGAGAAAAAAGCAUACUGAUGGAGUGUUAAAACUCAGACAUCUUGGUUUUUAAAUGAGGUAAUAUUGACUUCAAGUCCCCAUUAGAGACACAAAAGUUCCAUAAUAGUAAAACAGACACAGAAUCCUAAUUUAAAGGGCAGAUAUCCCGAUUUUCUUUUUUUGUUUUUACAAACAUACAGCUAUUACUUACUUUAUAUUAUAUUUUUUUUCGCUUUUUUAUAAGAACUCUCACACAUUUCUGUUCAACAGGAAACUUAGUGUCCAGGUGACAGGUCAUCAUACAUAUAAGAUGCUAAUUUUCUGUUUUGAGAGGCGUGACUACAUAGGCUUUGUUUUGCUGUCAACAACAAACUGAUUUGAAAGACAAUGAAAAGACUAAUUAGAUUAUUUUUUAACUGUUUCAAUAUUUAGAGGUUUUAUGGAUCCACAAUGUGAUAUUUGCCCUUUAAAGAGAUCCAAUUGUAUCAGAUCAGAAACCAAAACAAAUCUGAUUAAGUGUCCUUUUUUGCUGCCAUAGUUAUUUAUUUAAAUAAAUAUGAAGUACUUUUCCAUGUCUUUCCUGUUUAUCAGUCUUUCUCUGUAUUGACUUUCCAAUCUCAAAUCUCCAUUAUGACUUCUUCUUAGGAAAUGAACUGGCCUUGCAGGGUAUCUUUAGUUACAUUUAUUUCUUAAUGUUCUCUCCUUGUGUUAAUGUGGUUGAAAUUCAGUGCAUCAGAACAAAAACUGGUUGUUAUUACACAAUAUAAAGGCAAACAUAGCUCAUGGGGUGGAUUUUUCUCUUUCAAGCAAAUUUUGUCACAAGUGCCCUGGAUCAAACAAUCAGUGGAGAUAGUAGGAAAUAAAGGGGAGGUGGAGUUUGCUCCUUAGGAGGCUUGAAGUGCUGAUAAACUUGUAUCGUCUUAUUAAUCUUUGCGGGACCAGGACAUGACGUUCCUAAACACACAUUUAUCAUGUUUAUGUCUUUCACCAAAAGCAGGGUUUAAAACCAGCUACCAGGACAUGAGCGGUUCCACAAACGGACCGCUAACAAAAUGUUGUGUUAGAACCAGCAUAGACAGGGACUACCUCUGAGUCCUGCAGCUGCAUUUUACUAUUUAUAAUGCAACCAAACAGGUGACUGUGUAAUGACCGUAGGCUUUCCAAUGUCUUGCCUCUUACCAAUGUUUACACUUGAAUGUACCCUAAAAAGAUCUACUUUAAAAAAAAACAACUUUUAGCCAAAACAGUUUUAAUAGAGACAAAUUACUUUGUGCUCAGAACGCUUUCUCUAUAAUUCUGCAAACUUGUUGAAGCAUUUGAUGAUGUUUCUUUUUCUUUUUUUGAUGUUUGUAUGACUUUAUUUUGUAAUCUUGUUGGGUUAGAUGUUGACCUUGCAAUACAUGUCUCGUUUGUCUCAUUUACAAUAAAAUGCAUGAUCAUCAUGACCUA